UUUUUUUUUUUUUUUUUUUUUUUUUUUGAUAAGCAAAAAAAAAUAUUUAGAAUUUUUUUGAAAUAAUUGAUUUCCUCUUCAAACCGGUUCGGUUCACGCGUGCGGGUUAACCCGGUUCCCGGUUCAGCCAUCAACCCGGCCGGGUCACAGCGGUUUUCGACGGUUUUAAAGCAGAACCGGUUCUGCAUGCUAACCGAGUCGGCCACCCCACCGGUUCCCGGUCCGACCGGUCAGAUCGGCCGGUCCGGUCCGGUUUUUAAAACUAUCUUAAUUAUGAGUCUUGACAAAGUUUCUCAGUGUGUCAAAACAACUCACGGGGUACCCUAACUUUAGAGAGCAGAAUUAGAAAAUUGGGUUUUUUGAAAAAUUUUUGCUGGUAAUCAUUAAUAUAUUUUUCUUAUAGGCAAAUCUAAAACCAGAUUACUAGCUAGAACUGCGGUUUGGAUUUCCUGCAGUUGAAAAUACUGCAGUAAAGGUGCAGUAAUACAUUUUGUGAGAGAGUGAAUUUUUUUUAUAAGAGAAAAAAAAUAUAAUUUUAACAAAAAAAUAAAGGAGAAUGUUAACCUGUGCAUAUAUGACACAUGUUAAGAUAGUAAAAAUAGAAAUUAUGCUUUAGAAUUUGUGCAUUUUAACUUUUCAAGCAUUAAAUGUCCUGUAUCAUUAAAUGUUAAAUUUCUAUAUUAAAAUACUUUAUCAUGUGCCCUAUAUACACAUGUUAACAAGACCCAAAAAUAAAAGGGGUAGUUUUAUGUGUAAACUUUGGGAACUGCAGGCAAUUUGAACUGCAGUGAAUCUCAAUCCAGAACUGCGGUUUGGAAUAAUCAUGUCACAAUCCAUAAUAUAUAUCAAAGUUAUCAACAGUUUUGCCAUAUUUCUUUUUCAUCAGAAGAAUUGAACGCUGAAACUAACAUACACUAAAUAGUUCUAAAAAGAAAAAUUGUAGUUCGAAUUUUCUGCUGGGUCUCGGCAUAUCAAAUGUCCUCGCAAUUUUUUACCAUUUGAUGAGCUAGAAAUAGAGUGGUUUUUAAUAAAAUAUAUUGUUCUGGGCCGAGCAUCGAGCUCGAGCAUCAGAAGGUGUCGAACAUACACGAUCCGAGCAAGACUCCAACGGUCUGAUACUCUUACGUAUUGUAACGGCCGAAAACCGGAAUGAUGAGCAUUUACUGCACAUCAAGGCCUCCAAGCCGUUUUCCGGCAGCCACUUGAUGGCCAUUAAUGCCAUCAAGGGCCUUAGCCCAGCGCUGGGGGCUAUAUAUAUGCAUCUCCACUUCAUUUGCAAGGUACGCAUUUUUAUAGCUAAGAAAACCUUACAACACAAACUGACUUGAGCGUCGGAGUGCCUGCAGGUACACAACCCCCCUCCGCUUCAACAGGGGUCUCAACGCUCUCAACCACCGCAAACGCCGGCGAAGUCGCAUCAUUCUGAUCAACACGAUCAGUGGCGCCGUCUGUGGGGACGCUAGUUUCCCUGUUUAACCAAACCAAAAACUAAAACUUCCUUCAAAACACCUUCUUCGCGACCAAUGGCUGGCGUUAACAACCAUCAAAUCCCGGAGCACGUGGCGGAGAACAACGCUCAACCAAUGGACUACGCGCCGUACCACCCGCUGGACGGCCAGUUCGCCUCCGUGACGGAAGAUGGCCAAGAGGGGCAAGACGCACACUACGAGCCCUACAACCCAGAAGAACCGCAGAUCCCUGUGGCUACCCCGCCACAGGCGACUCCGGCAGUGGCUAUCCCUCCGGGCGUUCCCAUGCAAGAAAUGAUGGCUGCGCUGGUCAACGCAAUCAACCGCCAGUCGGACUUACUGCUGCAGCAGAACCAGCGAUACGAGCAGCAGAAUCAAAGGCUCGAGCAACAAAGCCGUCGCAUCGACGCAAUUGCUGAGUCGAGGGUCACGGCGCAAGCUCGCCCAGCUCGCCGUUCACCCACACCUGUGAGGAGCAGAACCUACUCCAGGUCUCGCUCACCACCUCGCCACAGAAGCGAAAGGAGGUCGAGCCCGAGGAGAAACGAGGCUAUAUCUCGAAACUCCACCCCGCCGAGGAGACAUUCCCCUAGAAGGGACAACCCUCCUCGCCGCCAAAGGAACCGGUCCCCGGAAGAAAGGGACAGUCACCAAGGCCCCCUCUCCCGAAGGAUCCGAGAACUCCCCCUACCGGUCGGACUCGAGAAACCACCGGCAAUGGAUACCUACGAUGGCUCGACAGAUCCGGACGAGCACAUCGAAAAUCUUGAAGCUCUCCUCGAGUACAGAAAUGUACGAGGCUCUAUCAAGUGUAAGCUCUUUCCCACAACUCUGAGGAAAGGCGCUAUGGCUUGGUACAAGAGCUUGGCGCCAGGAUCCAUAGACUCUUGGUCGGACCUGUGCGCCCGCUUCCGGGCUCACUUCACUUCCUCGAGGCGUCACCCAAAAACUGAAGCAACCCUCGAAGCCAUUAUCCAAGGCGAGAACGAGCCUCUAAGGGCCUACCUCGAACGGUUCAACAAAGCAGCCGUAGAAGUGAAGGUCGAGGAGAGUAUGAAGCUGUAUCUCCUCGACAGGGGACUACAUCCGGACAGCGACUUUGCUAAAGCUGUCAGUAUCGAAGAGCCGAAGACGCUGGAUGCAUUCUUCGAAAAGGCAAAGAAGUACAUUGCCUACGAGGAGAAACAGAGGGCCAAAGAUCUAAGAAGGCCUAAAAGUCAAGAAAAAACCAGGAACCAUGAAAAAGAUGAAGCUGGAACCUCGCGAAGAGGUAACGAAAAGCAAAAGGAGGAAAGGAUUAAAGAUUCCAAACCUCCUCGGGGAAAAUUCACAACAUACACUCCACUGAAUGCGUCAAGAGAUCGCAUUUUCGCCGAAGUCUCCGCUGCGGACUUCAAAAAGGCUGGGAUCCACUUCCCAAGACAGCAGCCCAUGAAGGCAAAUACUGAUAGGACGAAAUUCUGUCGCUAUCAUAAAAGCCAUGGACACGUCACUGAGGACUGUGUCCACUUAAAAGAUGCCAUAGAGAUUCUGAUACAAAAGGGUUAUGCCCGAAGAUAUGUUCAGAACGACGAACAAGCACAACAACAACAACAACAACCAAGGAGGGAGCCUCAAGAGGUCGCAAUGGCCAUUGAUGUUCCCGAGCAGGAAAACAGAGGCAUCGUCCCUCAGGCGCUUGCCAUCUCAGCACCUGAAAUUCCACUCCCAUCCCCGGGGUCAGACGAGGGAGCGCUCAUGAGACAUUUCAACGCCCACCUGAAUGGCUCAUGGGAAAACUUCCCAAAAGCACUGGUGAUAACAGGUGGAGGGCUAAACAAAAUCACCCUCGGAUCGGUAAAAAGAAAGUUCGAGGAGUUGGAAAACGUUUGCUCGGUGACUCCCAUCACCGUCACCAAACCUGAGGGAGGCUCCGACCCGCUGGCCUUCUACAAAUCAGAAGUUCCUGGGGGCUCGCCAAACUAUCAGAUACCACUAUUGGUAAGGGCUCGCAUGGCGAACUUCGACGUCCACCGCAUCCUCGUAGAUCAGGGGAGCUCGUGCGACGUAAUGUACUCGGGGCUAUUCAAAACUCUACAGCUGUCAGAGAAGAACUUGGUUCCAUAUGUAGGACCCGACCUUCAGGGGUUCAACGGGUCGACUACCAAGCCUUGGGGAUACGUGGAUCUCAUCGUCACCUUCGGCGAGGAAAAGGCUAUGAAAUCCGUGAGGACGCAAUUCAUGGUCGUCGACUGUCCCUCGCUGUACAACUGCAUCAUCGGCAGAACUACUUUGGCGGAGCUGUUUGCUGUGUCGUCCACCGUUCACUUGAAACUAAAAUACUACACACUGGACGACCAGGUCGCCACCAUCAACGGCGACAUAGCUGCUGCGAGGAGAUGCUUCGAGGCCGCGGCAAAAAAUCUGAGCACCGUGACAACCCCCAAGAAAACUGAAAAGAAAAAUCAGGGGAUAAACACUAUUGGAGGUUCCAUCGACAUCGAUGCUCGACUCACGAAAAAAGAGCAUCAAGAAGAAAAACAGAAGGACCUCGCCGAUGCUGAAAAGAAAAUCUACCGCCCCAUCCCGGACGGAGAUUUCGAACUGGUGCCCUUGGGCGAAGACCCCCUCAAAGGGAUCAAGAUUGGAACUGGACUCCCCGACUUGGUCAAAAAACAGCUGAUCGCCUGCCUUAAGGACAAUGCUGAACUGUUCGCCUGGAGCGCUGCAGAGAUGCCUGGCAUCGACCCUGAGGUCGCUUGUCACCAGUUGACUUUAGAUCCUAGGGCUAGUGCCGUUGUUCAGCGGCGUAGGAAGCAGUCUCCCGAAAAAGCGGAGGCUGCUGAAAAAGCUGUAAAAGACCUCCUCGAGGCAAAUUUCAUUUCGGAAGCUAGGUAUACCACCUGGCUAUCCAAUGUUGUACUUGUUAAGAAAUCGAAUGGAAAAUGGCGCAUGUGUGUUGAUUAUACCGAUCUUAAUAGGGCUUGCCCUAAAGACGCUUACCCUUUACCUAACAUAGAUAAAUUAGUAGAUAAUUCAUCAGGAUUUAAAUUACUAUCAUUUAUGGAUGCGUACUCGGGUUAUAAUCAAAUAAAAAUGGCUGAAAUCGAUAAAAAGAAAACAGCGUUUAUGACCGAAUCCGGUAAUUAUUAUUACAACGUAAUGCCUUUCGGGCUUAAAAACGCAGGUGCCACAUACCAAAGGAUGAUGAACAAAGUCUUCAAUAAUGAAAUCGGUGACAUGCUCGAAGUCUACAUGGAUGAUAUGAUCGUCAAAUCCGAGGAGGAAGUCGAUCAUACAGCCCAUCUAAAAAGAGUGUUCGACCAAGCGAGAAAGUAUAACAUGAGAUUCAAUCCUGAAAAAUGCACGUUCGGCGUAAAAGCUGGGAAAUUCCUCGGGUUUUACUUAACCGAAAGAGGAAUCGAAGCUAACCCCGAUAAAUGCAGAGCAUUCUUUGAAUUUCCCACGCCGGACUCAAAGAAAUCAAUACAAUCAUUGAAUGGGAUGCUCACAGCCUUAUCUCGUUUUGUCGCAAAAUCCGCUCAACACGCGCUACCUUUAUUCAAAUUACUUAGAAAAGAAUCCGCAUUCGAAUGGACAAAGGAAUGCGAGGAUGCGCUACAACACUUAAAACGAGCACUAUCCGAGCCUCCAGUCCUAACGCGACCAAACGAAGGGGAAACCUUAUAUCUUUAUCUCGCCGUAGCAUCGGAGGCCAUCAGCGCCGUUCUCAUAAGAGAAACCGAGCAAGGGCAAAAACCCGUCUAUUUCGUGAGCAAGGCUCUGCAAGGACCAGAACUCCGGUAUUUACAGAUUGAAAAAACGGCCUUAGCAGUAGUCAUGGCCGCGAGGAAGCUAAGACACUAUUUUUUAGCUCACUCCAUCGUGGUUCGAACCGAUCAACCGAUUAAGCAACUCCUCGCGAGGCCAGAUAUGAUGGGACGAAUGCUAAAAUGGUCGCUCGAGUUGUCCGAAUUCGAAAUCUUUUUCGAAAGCAGAAAGGCUUUAAAAGCCCAAGUACUAGCAGACUUCAUAGCCGAAAUGACCACGUCGUCUACCCCGGAUAAAAACAAAUGGACCAUCUUCGUAGAUGGAUCCUCAAAUCCACAAGGGAGCGGCGCAGGUAUCAUACUCGAAAGCGGUGAAGGAGUGCUCAUAGAAGUUUCACUCGAACUCGCCUUUCCAACCACAAACAAUCAAGCCGAGUACGAAGCUUUCUUGGCAGGAUUAAGGUUGGCUCAGGAUAUGGAAGCCGAGGAAAUUAAGAUAUUCACGGACUCACAGCUCGUCGCAUCACAAAUAACCGGGGAAUACCAAACAAAAGACGAGCGACUCACGGAAUACUUAAACUUGAUCAAAGAAAAAUUAACCAAAUUCAGACAAACCGAAAUCAAGCACGUUCCUCGCGAACACAAUGCAAGAGCAGAUAUCUUAUCAAAGCUCGCAAGCACUAAAAGAAAGAAAGGCGGAAAUCAAUCGCUUAUUCAGGAAACGCUAUCCAAACCAAGCAUAGUGAAACCCACUGAGGUAUUCCUGAUAUGCGAGAUCGACGCCAACAGCUGGAUGACGCCUGUGUUCGAAUUUCUGAACACUGGAAACCUCCCGCUUGAUAAGAAGGAGGCAGCUAAGGUAAAAAGAAGAGCCUGCGCAUACGUAAUCCUAAACGGAAAAAUGUAUCGCCGAGGAUUUUCCAUCCCUCUACUAAGAUGUGUCGAGGAAAGCGAGGUAGCCUCGAUCCUCGGCGAAAUCCACGAAGGAAUAAACGGUCAACACAUCGGUGGACGCUCCUUGGCCAGAAAGGCUUUGCGAGCAGGAUUCUAUUGGCCUACCAUGCAAGCAGACGCAAAGGAGCAUGUCAACAAAUGUGACAAAUGCCAACGUCACGGGGAUAUGCACUUGGCCCCUCCAAACGAGCUAAGAACGCUAUCCUCCCCGUGGCCGUUUUCUUGGUGGGGGAUGGACCUCUUAGGACCGUUUCCAACGGCAGCAGGACAAAAUAAAUACUUAAUAGUAGCUGUCGACUACUUCACAAAAUGGAUCGAAGCCGAACCUCUCGCCCACAUCACAACAUUCAACGUGUUGCGAUUCUUCAAACGCAAUAUACUUGCGAGGUUUGGGAUCCCUCAAGUUGUCGUUACAGAUAACGGAACUCAAUUCACGGACAAGAAAGUGCGAGAGUUCAUGGCAAAAAUAGGUACAACCCAACAUUUCACCUCUGUCGAACACCCUCAAACGAACGGCCAAGCCGAAGCUGCAAAUAGGGUUAUACUACGAGGACUCAAAAGAAGGUUGGAUGAAGCAAAGGGAAAAUGGACAGAAGAACUACACAGCGUACUAUGGUCAUACCGAACCACUCCACAUUCUACAACGGGAGAAACGCCCUUCCGACUGACGUACGGAACAGAGGCCGUAAUUCCAGUAGAAACCGGAGCAUCCUCCUUCCGAACGGAAGUACCCCUUGAAGGGGAAGACAACCACGAAAUGCUCAGAGAGGAGCUCGACCUCUUGGAAGAACUCCGAGACGGCGCAGCCCUCCGAGAAGCUACUUUGAAACAAAAAAUAGCAAAACGGCAUGACAAAAAGGUCAUCAAGCGAGAAUUUGACGUUGGGACACUAGUACUCCGACGCAACCAAAAAGAUUCUCGCGAGGGUAAACUCGCGGCAAAUUGGGAGGGACCUUAUCGAGCCAAAACCGAAAACGGUGCCUAUUAUUUGGAAGAUCUUUACGGAAAAGAAAUUCCUCGACCUUGGAAUGCCGAAAAGCUCAAACAAUACUACAGUUGA